AUGUCUACAAAGACAUCGAAUGGCAAUGGCAAAAAGGCGGCAUCGCCUGCCACAAAUCUCAUAGCUGGUGGUGGUGCUGGUAUGAUGGAAGCUCUCGUUUGUCAUCCACUAGACACAAUCAAAGUCCGAAUGCAACUAUCGCGGAGAGCAAGGGCACCUGGUGUCAAACCGCGCGGAUUCGUCGCGACUGGAGCCGAGAUUGUCAGGCGCGAGACUGCAAUGGGUCUGUACAAAGGUCUCGGGGCGGUUUUGGGUGGUAUCAUCCCGAAGAUGGCUAUCCGAUUCACCUCAUACGAGUGGUAUAAGCAGCUACUGACCGACGAGAAUGGUCAUGUCACCCGCAAAGCGACAUUCAUAGCCGGUCUUGCCGCAGGUGUAACGGAAGCCGUGGCGGUGGUCAACCCGAUGGAAGUCAUCAAGAUCCGUCUGCAAGCCCAACACCACUCCCUAGCCGAUCCUCUCGACACCCCGAAAUACCGCAGCGCACCCCACGCUCUCUUCACCGUCGUCCGCGAAGAAGGAUUCGGAGCUCUAUACCGCGGCGUCUCCCUCACAGCAUUGCGGCAAGGCACAAACCAAGCAGCCAACUUCACAGCUUACACGGAACUGAAAUCGGCGCUACAAAAAUGGCAGCCGGAAUAUGCCAAUAGCGAACUCCCGUCGUGGCAAACCACUAUCAUCGGAUUGAUCUCAGGAGCCGUGGGGCCCUUCUCCAAUGCGCCGAUUGAUACCAUCAAGACCCGUCUGCAGAGGACACCUGCCGAACCUGGACAGACUGCACUGGGUCGCAUCACGAUGAUAGCGGGCGAGAUGUUCAAGCAGGAGGGUGCCAAGGCAUUUUACAAGGGUAUCACACCGCGAGUGAUGCGUGUUGCUCCAGGACAGGCGGUGACGUUUACCGUGUAUGAGUUCCUGAAGGGCAAGUUGGAGAACAGUCGGUGGUCGAUAGUCGGCGGAAAGUACGAGGAGUAA